AUGGCAGGCAAGAAGAAAGAAACCCAGCUCCAGGCCAUUAUAACCAAUGAGGACCAGUGGAAUGACAUGUUGCUGACAGAAGGUUUAGUAGUAAUAGAUGUCUAUCAAGCUUGGUGUGGUCCCUGCAAAGCUGUGGUGAAUUUAUUCAGAAAACUGAAGAAUGAGUUUGGUGAAGAUGAUGUACUGCAUUUUGCAGUGGCAGAAGCUGACAGCAUUCCAACUCUGCAGCCAUUUAGGAAUAAAUGUGAACCUGUUUUUCUUUUUUGUGUUAAUGGCAAAAUUACUGCAAUGGUGAGAGGUGUAAAUGCUCCUCUUUUAAUUAAGAAAACAACAGAGCUGGUGCAAGAAGAAAGGGAAAUUGCAGCUGGACAGAAGAAACGCACUGAAGUAGAUGAACUUGUUUCCCUAGAAGAAAAAUCAUCAGAAGAGACUCUUGAGGAGAAUGUACCCGAGGAAGUAGUCAAAUAUACUGUUGGAAUUAUAAAACCUGAUGAUGUUUUAGAAGGACGCGUAGAGGAAAUUAAACAAAAGAUCAGAGAUGCAGGAUUUGGCAUUGAAGCAGCAGAGGAGAAAAUGCUAACUGAAGAGCAAAUCAGAGUAUUCUAUGCCCAGAAUAAAGAACAGCCUGAUUUUGAUGAUUUUGUUCAAUUCAUGAUGAGUGGACCAUGCCACGUUUUGGUAAUCACUAGAAAAGAAGCGACUGAUGCUAUUCCUCACUGGAAAGAACUACGUAAAUUGAGUGAGAGCGUGCCGGAUGAGCCUGAGGCUGGGAAGCCAGACAGAUCGGGAGGAACUGCAGAAACUGAGAGUAUAUUAAAUAUAUGUGAUAUACAAGACAGUGUAGAAGAUGCCAGCAGGCAACUUGCCUUCUUUUUCCCAAAUUUUAAUAAAACGAAGACAGAGCAAAAAGUUGAAAAGACUUUGGCCUUAAUUAGGCCUUCUCUCUUAAAGGAAAGACGGCAUUCUAUCAUGCAAAGAAUAAACGAUGAUGGCUUCAAAAUAGCAAUGCAGAAAGAAAUAAUCCUAUCUGAAGAACAAAUACGUGAAUUUUACAAAGAGCAUGAAAAUCAAGACUACUUCCCAGUCCUUCUAGAGCAAAUGGCCAGUGGUCCAACUCUUGUACUUGCUCUAACACGAGAAAAUGCUGUAGCACACUGGAGAGAUUUAUUAGGCCCGAAGACUGUUGAAGAAGCUAAGAAGGAAAAUCCAAACAGUUUACGUGCAAAGUAUGCAGUCAACAACAUACCUAUUGGUCAGCUGCAUGGCAGUUCUACACCCGAUGAUGCUCGGAAGGAAUUACAGUUCUUCUUCCCUCAGGAGCACACGCUGGCGUUGAUCAAACCUGCUGCUGCUAAGAAGCAUAAAG